GAAUCGCACCUUCUAGUUGGUUUGCCAACCACUAUACAAAAAAUAGAAGAAGACGUCCCUUCUCUAUGCUGUGUAGCGGGGAAGCUAUUGAUUCUUGUGCGUUUGUGGCGGCAUUGUGAGCCCUUGACCAUGGGGGACAUAAAAAAUUUUCUGUACGCCUGGUGCGGAAAAAAGAAGUUGACUCCGAACUAUGAUAUCCGGGCGGCGGGAAAUAAGAACAGGCAGAAGUUUCUGUGUGAGGUGAGGGUUGACGGUUUCAGUUACAUCGGAAUGGGAAACUCCACCAAUAAGAAAGAUGCCCAGGCCAAUGCAGCAAGAGACUUUGUAAAUUAUCUGGUCCGUGUUGGAGAGAUGAGUGCUUCUGAAGUACCUGCUUUAGGGGCCAGUUUUCCAGAUGUUCCUGAUGGUGGAGGAGGUGAAGGAAGUGGGUUUGGGACUCUGCCUUCCAGUGGUCCUUUGCCUCCACAUUUACUUGUGAAACAAGAGAUAGAGACUACUGAACCGAGCGCUGUUCCGGUUCCUGGAGUGACUGGUCUCGGCUACUCUGGCAUGAAUAAUCCUCAGUGGGACCGAGGUGCUAACCUACAGGACUACUACUCCAGGAAAGAGGAGCAGGAUGCAAAAGCUACCCUGGAGUCUGAGGAAGUAGAUCUAAAUGCCGGUCUGCACGGAAACUGGACUUUGGACAACGCAAAGGCUCGUCUGAACCAGUUCUUUCAGAAAGAGAAAGUCCAAACAGACUACAAAUACAACCAAGUGGGACCAGACCACAACAGGAGCUUCAUUGCUGAAAUGACUAUCUUUGUGAAACAGCUGCGUAGGAAUAUUUUUGCUCGUGAGCAUGGCUCCAAUAAAAAGCUGGCCGCCCAGUCGUGCGCUCUUUCCCUGGUCCGUCAGUUGUACCAUCUCGGCGUCAUCGAGGCUUUCACGGGACAGACCAAGAAGAAAGAUGGAGAGACGUUGGAGGUGUAUAACGUGAACGUUAGCGACGAGCUGAAGCAUCAGCUACGGAGCGUCAUCCAAGAGCUUGGCAUCCAGGUUCCUCCACCUGAUCCUAGUGGUCCAGUGUCUUUGAUUCAGGGAAAGUUGGCGCACUUUGAGCCGUCCCAGAAGCAGAACACAGGAGGUGUGGUGCAGUGGUCUCCUCCUCAGAUCAACUGGAACCCUUGGACCAGCAGCAACAUCGAUGAGGGACCUUUGGCUUUUUGCACCCCAGAGCAGAUCAGUUCUGACCUGCAAAGCGAACUCCGCUACCAAUUAGAUCAUGACCCCAUCCUGCAGGAGAGGCUGCAUGAGCGAGAGCAGUUGCCUGUUAAAAAGUUUGAAGAAGAGAUCAUGCGCACGAUCAAUAGCAGUCCGGUAGUGAUCAUCCGCGGGGCCACCGGCUGCGGAAAGACCACUCAGGUGCCGCAGUACAUCCUGGACCAGUACAUUCAAGAAGGAAGAGCCUCUGAGUGCAACAUCGUCGUCACCCAGCCUCGGCGAAUCAGCGCAGUGUCUGUGGCUGAGCGCGUGGCGUAUGAGAGAGCUGAGGAUCUUGGGAAGAGCUGCGGGUAUAGCGUGCGUUUUGAGUCCAUCCUGCCGAGGCCGCAUGCCAGCAUCCUCUUCUGCACCGUCGGGGUUCUCCUGAGGAAGCUGGAAGCCGGAAUUCGAGGGAUCAGCCACGUGAUCGUGGAUGAAAUCCAUGAGCGAGACAUAAACACCGAUUUCCUGAUGGUGGUGUUAAGAGACGUGAUCCACGCCUUCCCCGACGUCCGCGUUGUCCUCAUGUCCGCCACCAUCGAUACGACCAUGUUCAGAGAAUACUUCUUCAACAGUCCCAUCAUAGAAGUGUUUGGACGCACGUACCCCGUGCAGGAGUAUUUCCUGGAGGACUGCGUUCAGAUGACCGGGUUUGUCCCGCCGCCGUCUGAUAAGAAGCGAAAAGACAAAGACGAGGAAGGUGGUGAGGAGGAGGUCAACUGUAACUUGGUGUGUGGCCCCGAGUACGGUCCGGAGACGAAACGCUCCAUGGCCCAAAUGAACGAGAAGGAAACGCCGUUCGAGCUGAUCGAGGCGCUGCUGAAAUACAUCGAGACGUUACAAGUGUCCGGGGCCGUGCUGGUCUUCCUGCCCGGCUGGAAUCUCAUCUAUUCCAUGCAGAAACACUUGGAGAUGAACGCACAUUUUGGUAGCAAUCACUACAGGAUCCUGCCUCUCCACUCUCAGAUCCCCAGAGAGGAGCAAAGGCUGGUGUUUGAGCCUGUACCUGACGGCGUGAUCAAGGUUAUUCUAUCAACAAAUAUUGCCGAGACCAGCAUUACAAUCAACGACGUGGUCUACGUCAUUGACUCCUGCAAACAAAAGGUGAAGCUAUUUACUGCGCAUAACAACAUGACCAACUACGCCACCGUUUGGGCAUCCAAAACCAACCUGGAGCAGCGAAAGGGCCGAGCUGGCCGCGUCAGACCGGGCUUCUGCUUCCACCUGUGCAGCAAAGCACGCUUUGAGAAAUUGGAGACCCACAUGACUCCGGAGAUCUUCCGCACGCCGCUGCACGAGGUGGCCCUCAGCAUCAAGCUUCUCCGGCUCGGUGCUAUUGGACAUUUUCUGGCCAAAGCGAUCGAGCCACCUCCUCUGGACGCCGUCAUCGAAGCCGAACACACACUCCGAGAGCUAGACGCCCUCGAUGCUAACGACGAGCUGACCCCAAUGGGACGCAUCCUAGCACGACUUCCCAUUGAGCCUCGUCUGGGAAAGAUGAUGAUCAUGGGCUGUAUCCUAAACGUCGGAGAUGCCGUUUGCACCAUUUCCGCCGCCUCGUGCUUCUCCGAGCCGUUCAUCAGCGAGGGCAAGCGUUUAGGGUUUGUUCACAGGAACUUUGCAGGCACACGAUUCUCUGACCACGUGGCCCUACUUUCUGUCUUUCAAGCCUGGGAUGAAGUUAGGAUGGGUGGCGAGGAGGCAGAAGCCAGGUUCUGUGAGCACAAGCGUUUGCAUAUGUCCACUUUAAGGAUGACUUGGGAAGCCAAAGUCCAGCUAAAGGAUAUCCUAAUUAACACCGGUUUUCCUGAAGAGUGCCUAAUGAAUCAGGUGUUUAACAACGUGGGGCCGGACAACAAUCUGGACGUGGUGAUCUCCUUGCUGACUUACGGUUCCUACCCCAACGUCUGUUACCACAAAGAAAAGAGGAAAAUCUUGACUACUGAAGGUCGAAACGCGCUCAUCCAUAAGUCUUCCGUUAACUGCCCCUUCUCCAGUCAAGACCCGAGUUACCCGUCACCUUUCUUCGUCUUCGGGGAAAAGAUUCGAACCCGAGCCAUUUCAGCCAAAGGGAUGACCAUGGUCAGCCCUCUGCAGCUUAUUUUGUUCGCUGCCAAGAAAAUCUCAUCUGACGGAGAGGUGGUCGUACUUGAUGACUGGAUCAACCUGCGUAUUGAGCAUGAAGUAGCUGGUAGCAUCGCAGGACUAAGAGCUGCGAUGGAGGCUCUAGUGGUGGAAGUGACCAAAGACCCAGAGUACAUCAGAAGUAUCGAUCCCACCAAUGAACGCCUGCUGAAUGCCAUUCGGCUCCUCUCCAGACCCUCUUCUGCGGGACUCAACCUCAUGACCAGCAAUCCACGUUUUGGAGAUGGUCCACGACCUCCGAAGAUGUCCCGGAUGGAUGGCGGAGAUGGAGGGUUCCGGGGACGGGGAGGAUACAGAGGAGGUGGAGGAUACGGUGGUGGAGGGUAUAGGGGGUCUGGGGGAUACAGGGGGUCUGGGGGAUACAGGGGGUCUGGGGGAUACAGAGGAUCUGGAGGGUACAGAGGUGGAGGUGGAUACCGGGGGUCGGGCGAGUAUCGGGGUGGAGGUGGAGGUGGAUACAGAGGGGGUGGAGGUGGUUACGGGGGAGGUCGUGGGUUCAACAGAGGUGGAUAUGGAGGAUUUUAGAGAGGGAUUCAAAGCUAGUCUUAACCUUUGCAGAUGUCCGUGCCAUUAGCACUAUGUUCACUGAUUCCUUGCAUGAUUAAUUUGGUCUGUUAAGAAAAGCCUGGUUUGCAUAGUGGGGAAUACAGGUGCAUUUUUUUUUUUUUUUUUUUUUUUUUUUUUUUUUUUUUUUUUUUUUUUUUUUUUUUUUUUUAAUAUAUUGAAAUAGUGAAAUAUUUCAAGCCUUUUUUUGUUUUAGUUUUAAUCUUGAUUUAAUCUUGAUUACGGCUUACAGACCUUCUGAAAGGUAUGUUAAUUUAUGAACUGAUACUUGGGCGGGGCUCCUUUCACAUGAAUUACUGCAUCGAUGCGGCGUGACAUGGAGGCGAUCAGCCUGAGGCACUGCUGAGGUGUUCUUGAAGCCCAGGUUGCUUUGAUAGCGGCCUUCAGCUCGUCUGUAUUGUUGGAUUUGGUGUCUCUUGUAGAUUCUCUGUGGGGUUCGGGUCAGGCGAAUCGGCUGGACAAUCAAGCACAGUAAUACCAUGGUCAGGAAACCAGUUACUAGUUGUUUUGGCACUGUGGGCAGGUGCAGAGUCCUGCUGGAAAAGGUAAUCAGCAUCUUCAUAAAGCUUGUCAGCAGAGGGAAGCAUGAAGUGCUCUAAAAUCUCCUGGUAGACGCUGCAUCAACUCUCGACUUGAGAAAACACACUGGACCAACACCAGCAGAUGAUAUGGCACCUCAAAUCAUCACUGACUGGAGAGGAACAGAAUCCAAGUAGCUUGAAGUCCAGUGUGAAGUUUCCACACUCUUCCUCCAGACUCUGGAACCUUGAUUUCCAUAAUCAUCACGAUCAAUAAGAAAAAAGGCUUGAAAUAAUUCGCUUUGUGUAAUGAAUCUAGAAUAUAUUAAAGUUCCACUUUAUGAAUUAAAUUAUGUGGAAAAAUUAAGUCUUCAUAGAUAUUAAUUUUUUUUAGAUGCACCUGUAGUAGAAGCUAUUCAAGUUGGACAAUUGUUUCACAAAUCUAUGCAUCAUGGUAGAGGCUGGUACUUACAAGUUUUCCUUUGACAAGUGACCCGAUUAUUGUUUUAAUUUACUGUAAUGAGUUACAUGCAAUGUUUUGAUAAAUUGCAGAGUGGUUGUGAAAUUGGUAUUCUUUCCAUGAAUGAAAUGUCCCAGUAAAGUCAGUCAUUAAAAUAUGAAA